AUGAAAAUACGUAUUGAAAUUUCAUAGCCGGACCAGGAGGAAACUAUAGUUUUCUCAAUUCCUCUCUCUUUUAUCAUGCCAUCACGAACUCUUACUCUCUCUAGAAGAAUUACGAAAUCCUCGCCAAUGUUCAGACCAAGGACACCUUCACACCUCUACUCCGGCCAUCUCACUCGUGAAAUAACCCAGCCCUAUGGCGAACUUUUGAAACAACCUCUCACUGACAGACUCUUAGAUCUCCUUAAACGAUGUGUUUCCACGAAAACAUUGCAACAAAUCCACACCCAAAUGCUCAUAAACUCCAUUCAUAAACCCAACUUUCUACUCUCAAAGCUCAUUGAUCUCAAAGACUUCAACAAUGCUUCCCUUCUCUUUUCUCAUAUGCCUGAACCCAGUGACUACGCUUUCAAUGUGAUGAUCCGUGGCCUAACAACUACAUGGCAAAAAUUUAAUCUUUCUUUAGAAUUCUAUUACCAAAUGAAGUUUUGGGGCUUAAAGCCGAAUAAUUUUACAUUUCCAUUCUUGUUUAUUGCCUGUGCGAAUCUUUUAGCAUUGGAACACGGGAGACCGGCCCAUUCAAUGGUUUUCAAGAAUGGUUUGAUUAUGGAUGGCUAUGUGGCUCAUUCACUGAUCACGAUGUAUUCAAGAUGUGGUGAAUUGGGUUAUGCCCGGAAAGUGUUUGAUGAAAUUAGGGAGAGAGAUAUAGUGUCGUGGAAUUCGAUGAUAUCAGGGUACUCGAAGAUGGGUUUUGCAGUGGAGGCGGUGGAAUUGUUUGGGAGAAUGAGGGAUGAAGGGUUUGAGCCCCACGAAAUGACUUUAGUGAGUGUUCUUGGGGCAUGUGGGGACUUGGGAGAUUUGAAUUUGGGGAGAUGGGUUGAGGAGUUUGUUGUGGACCGUGAAAUGGAGGUUAACUCUUAUGUUGGGUCAGCAUUGAUUGAUAUGUAUGGAAAAUGUGGGGACUUGUCAUCAGCUAGGGGGGUCUUUGACAGAAUGGAAACCAAAGAUGUGGUCACCUGGAAUGCCAUGAUUACAGGAUAUGCACAAAAUGGAUUGUCAAAUGAGGUAAUCUUCUUAUUUAAUGUCAUGAAAGAGGCAGGGAUUAUCCCCAAUAAGAUCACAUUGAUUGCAAUGCUGUCUGCUUGUGCCUCAAUUGGAGCCCUUGAUCUUGGGAAGUGGGUUGAUGCAUAUGCAUCACAAAGAGGCUUACAUCAUGAUAUCUAUGUUGCUACUGCCUUGAUUGACAUGUAUGCGAAGUGCGGAAGUGUGGACCAUGCAUAUAGAGUUUUUGAGAACAUGCCGCAUAAAAACGAGGUCACUUGGAAUGCCAUGAUCUCUGCCCAUGCUUUUCACGGGCGAGCUUUGGAGGCAUUAUCUCUUUUUAAGCGCAUGUCAAUAGAGGGCAGGGAUAUCCGGCCAAAUGAUGUCACAUUCGUUGCUGUACUUUCUGCAUGUGUGCAUGUUGGUUUGGUUGACGAGGGCUGCCAAUUGUUUGAUUUAAUGAUCUCAUAUUUUGGAUUAGUCCCAAAGGUUGAGCAUUACUCUUGUAUGGUUGAUCUUUUGGCACGUGCAGGAAGGAUAUAUGAAGCAUGGGACUUCAUUGAAAAGAUGCCUGAAAAUCCAGAUGAAGUUGUCUUAGGUGCAUUGCUUGGUGCCUGUCAGAAACUCCGGAAUGUGGAUAUCAGUGAAAGGGUUAUGCAGCUUCUUCUAAAGAUAGAACCUUCAAAUUCUGGAAAUUAUAUAAUUUCAUCAAAUAUAUAUGCAAAAUUAAAAAGGUGGGAUGAUUCGGCUAGGAUGAGAGUAUUGAUGAGAGAGAGGGGUGUCAGCAAAACUCCUGGAUGUAGCUGGAUUGAGAUGGAUGCUAAAGUUCAUGAAUUUCUUGCUGGUGACUUGUCACAUUUUGAUUCAGAAGAUAUUAACAGUGUACUUAAGUUGCUGUACGAGGAGAUGAAAAUUGAGGGUUACAUUCCAAAUAUUAAUCUUCUGUAGAGGCAAGAAUUGAGAAGCUUGCUUUGCUUGUUGAGGCUUAUCAAUUGCCAAACAACAUGCUUUGAAUUUUGCAACUUGUCAGCUAAUCCUAGUGGUGCUGGAGACAUUCUCGAAGAGAGACGUAGUGUAGUCUGUUUGUGGCAUGAGGUGCCAAGUGGUGCAAUUCUAGGGGAUGAACUGUUUGGUGGUAGAUGAGACUGCUAAGUUGGUUUCUCAAUUGUUUCAGGAGAACUUGUAUAUGUGGUAAAAGAUUUUCUUGGCAAUUGAGAUAAAAAGCAAAUUUCCUGGAAGGGUAUAGAGCAUAUUUGAAAAUGCCUCUGCUUGGAUUCUAUGGUGAACAAAGAUCUGUUUCCCAGAGCCUGGAGCAAACCAAGUAGACUGCUAAGAAUCAAGAUGCUGCAAACCAUGUUCCUGCCAUUCAAUUUCUGUUUCAAUUAAUAGACAGCGACACAGAUCACUCUGGUUUCAAUUUAUCUUGCACAGGAAGAGGAAAUUAGGGAGAUCGCCUUAGCGUGGUUGAGUUAUCUGGGCCCCAAAUGAUGCCACGGGGUUACCAUGGGUUAGGGACAGUAGCCAAUCAUUCUCUCGUGCCGCCAUGGAGUUGCUAUGGGACGAGUUAUGUUAACGGUUUGAAAAGUGAUGAAUGUAAUGGAUUUUGAAAACGGACACGGCAAAGAAAUGGCGGAUGACGGUCCACCACAAAUUUAGUUCGGAGAAUUGAAGCUCACUUUUGCUAUCUUUUGUAAUUUGGGAAACUAUUCUUUUGUAAAGUCUCAACCCUUGGAAAAAAAAAAAUGUAUUUGUUUUUGUAAAGCAUAAUCAUGUAAUGUAACUAUGACUUAUUGAUAGUAAUUUGAUGUAAAUCGAGACUACGAUGAUAUUUUAUGUUGAAUGGGAAUGUGGCAUUGUAUUGUAUCAAA